GUCGAGACCAGGAGAGGCAGCAGGCAGUCUUCGGAGCUGCAGGAACUCAGCUCAAAGUCUCCAGGUCAAGUUGAUCGACAAAGGAACUCUGAUUAGGGCUGGAGACUGAACUCCUAGAUCCUGUUAAAGACCCAGUUGGACUCAGCUCCCACAGAGAGAAGCUGUGCUCAGAGCAGACAAGGCUUCAUUUGGAAGUCUCCAGGCCAGGUAUAUCGUGAUUAUUGAAGAGCAGAUCGUGUACCGAAGGCUCCUGAUCACCCCCAGAAGCUAAUAAAGGGCCGUUUCAGCUCAGUUCACAGCUAAACAGUGACUUUCAGGGACCAUGGCCAGAAGUCUGAAAGAGGGAGCGACCUGUCCAAUUUGUCUAGAACUUUUCUUCAAGCCUGCUUUUCUCUCCUGUAUGCACACUUUCUGCUUUGAUUGCAUAGGACGUUGGAUGCUAGAAAGGGAUGAUCUGAAAUUGAUCUGCCCCAUGUGUCGAGGAGUAAAUAAGAAACUCCCUUUGUUGGAAUUGAAAGUUAGCGAACUAACGCUUCUUGUCAAACAGCACAGUCCUCUGCUGGAGCUAAGCCUGCAUGUGAGCGAAGAGUUCCUGAGGUUCCAGGAGGAUGUAACCCUGAAUACAGUCACUGCCAAUUCCCUCUUAGUCCUCUCUGAGGACCUAAAGAAUGUCUGGUGUGGGAAGAUCUGCCACAACCGGAUGGAAGAUCCCCAGAGAUUUGCCCACAUGCCCUGUGUCCUGGGCACCCCAAGCUUCUCCUCUGGCCGCCAUUACUGGGAGGUAGAAGUGGGAGAAGGGAAGGAGUGGGCUCUGGGAGUCUGCAAAGAAUCGGUGGACAGAAAGAGGAAGAGCGGUUUCUCCUCUGAGCAUGGCUUCUGGAUCAUCAGCAUGAAAGCAGGCGCAAUCUAUGCCAGCUCCAUCCCACAAACCAAAAUUCCUGCAAGCUCUGGCCUUAGCCGUGUAGGAAUUUUUCUAGAUGUUGAGAUGGAAGUAAUCAAGUUUUUCGAUGUUAGAAAUGAUGCCCUCAUUUAUAUACACAGUCCUCUCACCUGUUUGGAGCCUUUGUGUCCAUUCUUCCGUCCCGAGUUGCCUGGAGAAAGUGACCAUGGUGCCCCCCUGAGCAUCUGUCCUUGAAAAGUUCAGCCCUUCCUAAAAGCUUUCUGAGAGGUGAAUGAGAAAUGUCAGAAUGACCAAGGAUGAGACAAUGAGCUGUGGCAGAAAGAUUUAGCAGAUGUUUUAUAGAUUUCAUAGACUUUGCAGCUAAGCAAUUUUUAUUGAUUUUGGGGAUUUAUUUUGUAGUGUAGUGACUGGAGUUGGCCACCCCUAGAUAUGUCUCUUUGGCAUGAGGAUUAUUUUGGGCUGGUUACUUUUAAAAUCUGCAAACA